GGUGUUUAUAUUGAAUCUCUUGUAAAUAAAAAGAAACAGUUUCGUAGUGAUGAGACAUUUAUUGCUCAUAUUCACAGUGUAUUAUUACAAUUGGCUUCAAAAUCUUAUCUUUAUUAUCACUCAUACUGCCUGAAUUCAACAAGUAAUAAAGAUGCACAAUUUAGUUCAACAAAUCAUCAGGCUGGUAAAAAGACAAUGGCUAGUUUCCUUGGAGUCACUGAUGGUGAUGCUGAUAUUGUGAAGUACUGGGUGGAAUUAAUAAAACAGCAACAAGUUGAUGACUUUAUUGCUAGAAUCAAUGGAUAUUCUAAUCAUGACCAGCUACCCUCUCCGCCAGUCAGAAUAGAUUUCAGACAAUCUCGAGAAUAUGCAGUGUAA